UGUGCGCAUGCGCAACUACAUAAAAAUAUGGCAACGCUUUUCUUCUCCCUUUCUGGUCGCAGUAUCCCCUAGGACGUCAUCAUGAAGACCAUUCACGCCAGCAGGGUCUUGAACCUGAUUGAGGGGGUGGAAGUAAAGACCAAGGGUCGUUCCAUCUCCGUGAAGGGACCACGCGGUUCUCUGCACCGUAACUUCAACCAUAUCCGCUUGGAGUUCACUCGUGUCUCUGCUACUAAGCUCCGCUUUGACAUGUGGUUCUCCACUAGCAAGGAGUUGGCUUGCAUCCGAACAGUGUCCAGCCACAUCACCAACAUGAUGGUUGGUGUGACCAAGGGCUACAAGUACAAGAUGAGGUCAGUGUAUGCUCAUUUCCCCAUCAACUGUGCAAUCACUGAGGGUGGUACCAUCAUUGACAUCCGUAACUUCUUGGGAGAGAAGUUUGUGCGCCAAGUCAAGAUGUUGGAGGGUGUCAAGGUCAUGGCCUCACCGAAGCAAAAGGACGAACUGAUCCUUGAGGGAAACGACCUCGAACUCGUCUCUCGAUCUGCUGCACUCAUCCAGCAGUCAACCACUGUCAAGAAGAAGGAUAUCCGUAAAUUCUUGGACGGUAUCUAUGUAUCCGAGAAGGGAAACAUCGUCGAGGAGACCGCCUAAACGUUCUUUACUGCAGACUUUCAAUAAAAUCAGAAAUGGCCAGGACAA